AUGGAUGAGAUUGGCCCUGGCGUUUCGCUACGGGACCUCGAGGCAUGCCAAAUGUCCAACGAGGCGCCUGCGGAUGAAGACAUUGCCACUAGGGUCAUGGCGGCCGUCGCGGGCGACUUCCUGCCAGAACAGAGGGCGAUCAAUGGCCGGUCCUCUAGGCCUCCGGUGAAGGAGGAUGACACCGAGUGCGAGAAAAGGCGUGACUCCGCGGAGAAGCAUAAGUCUGUAAAGGACACGGGGAAGAAGAAGGAAAAGAAGAAGAACCUCGAGUGGCAAGCACUCGAGGAACGUCGAGCCAAGUCAAGGCACGAAGGGGAGCCUGAGGAAGAGUCCCCCGAUGAAGACGAUAGUGACGACGACGACGACGAUGAUGAUUCUGAGGGGAUGGCGGCUCAACUCGACCGGGCCGUGCAAGGCCUGCCGCAAAUAGACGUCUCCUCGUUGCGUGCGGGGGCUUCCAAGGGGCCGCAAGGUGAGCCCCGCGACGAGCGCCAAAAGGAGGUGUCGCCCCGCCGCCCAUGUAGCGACACGCCCCCUGCCUCUGCCCAGGGUCGAGCUGUUCCUCCAUCGCAACACAUUCCGGCGUCCGGCCUGGGUCGCAGGGUCAAAACCUCGAUGACGGGGUCGCUGACUCGAGGCCGCGCCGCCGCGAUGGCCUCGAGCCAGGGAGGAGGGCAUCGAUGGAGUGCCAGUCCCGAUGUAGCCCCCAAGCUUCCCAAGACAGGGGGAGUGGGUGACCCCAUCACUAUUAGUGAUGAGUCUAGGGACGGCCCGCGCUCGACAGGCGCUCGUGACACGGACAAGGGGGUCGAGACCCCUCAGGUCGAAGGAUGGACGCCAUGGCCCAUUGGGCUCCAUUCCAUCGAGGAAGUGAAGAAGAGGAUGAACGAGGAAGAGCAACAGAAGAGGAGGGAAGAGGAAAAGAAGAAGGAGGACGAUGAGGGGGAGCAGUGUCGUUCGCAGGAGCAGCAGCAGCGGCGGCGAGUGGCGUAG